AUGAUGCGGCAGCGACGCCGCUCGAAGCUUGAGGAGGGUCACCUCGCGGGUGCGUCUGUAUGGCCUGUGCGGCGAUAUGUCCUGCUCACCGCGGUGGCCGUGAUCUCCCUCGCCCUCCCAGCGGCGCUGACGUUCCGUCCGUCAGCAACCAGGCGGGGCGGAGGGAAGAGGAGGGCCAAUGUCGACCACGAUGCUUGGCUGGGCAUAGCACCCGGGAUAGCGGCGAAGCCGGCAUCGGCGGACGACAUCCACGUGGUGUUCUCGACGGACUGCUCGCCCUACCAGAACUACCAGGCCACCAUGCUGUUCCAUAGCGCAGAGAUGGUUGGGCAGAAGGGGCGCGUGACUCGUGUGGCCAGCGGCUGCACGAGAGACGAGAGGUUGGAGCUGGAGGUCUUCAUGAUGAGACAGCCGGAGCGAUUCCAUGUGCACUUUACCCCGGACUACAGCUUCGACCCAGAGACGGGAGAGCGGUUCAUGUUCUACAACAAGCCGAACGGCAUGGCCCACUAUCUGAAGAGCGCGGAUUACCCGGUGCAUGAAGCGGUAGUCGCCCUUGUCGACCCCGACAUGAUUUUCAUGUCGCCGCUCACGCCGUUUGUUGGUGACGCCGACAAGAUGUUGUGGCAUGAUGGGGACGCGGGGGAGGGGCCGGACUGGGUGGAAGAGGGAAGCCCCGUGGGUCAGUACUAUGGGUUGGGGGGGGUGUGGACGACGUGGGACGACCUGCGGGAGAUAACAGAGAACUUGGGAGAAGAUUCGCCCGCGAGAGCGGUCUCAACUGAAGAAGCCAUAUCAGGAUAUCCGGUGGGACCGCCGUACAUGAUGCACCCCCGAGACUGGGCGAGAGUUCUCGACUUGUGGGUGGCGUUGUCCCCCAAGGUGCACAAGGGGCACCCGGGCAUCCUCGCAGAGAUGUACGGCUUCUGCAUCGCCGCGGCGCACAUUGGGCUGCGACAUCGCGUGGCGUACGGGCUGAUGGUGUCGGACGCAGGAAUGCCGGGCAAGGAGGGGUGGCCGUUGGUAGACCAGAUGGGAACGAGCGUGUGCGACCCCGAGUCUGUGGACCACCGGCGGGGGAGCCUUCCCCCCAUCGUGCACUAUUGCCAGAUGUACCGGGUGGGCACCUUUAUGUGGGGCAAGCGACACCGCACCCACCAAACCUUCUUCGGCUGCCACUCGGACUCCCUCGAGCUCCCCCCGCCGGACUACCUCGCGGGGCCCAUGGCCGAGGUCCGCGUCCACCCGCGCCGCGGGAGGGCGCAGUUGGGGGAACAGGCGGAGCCGGAGCGCGUGCCGGCGGUGACGGGCAUGAGGCAAGGGUACGCCAUGUGCGCGGUGCUGCGAGCCAUGAACGAGGCCCUGGUGAAGUACAAGUACCGCUACUGCGAGCGCGGCGACGUGAGCGGGGGGGUGCGGAGGUUCACGGACCUGUCGAGGGAGCAGCUGGAUGCCGACGAAUAUUCGUGA